AAAUAUAUUUAAGAAAGCUGAUGAAGAUGCUAAUAAACCUGAACUUAAGUCUUUAGAAGUUUCCCAUUUAAAUACAAUAAAUACAAUGAAUACCUACCAAUACCAACUAAUAAAACGUCUAAAUCCUUCAAGUUCGGAUAAAUACAGAUCUAUUAUUUCACAGAAAAGUAAUUAUGAAUUGUUUAGUCCAGAUUCUAUAGGCUAA